AUGGCUGGCAUCAAUCUCUUUUACAUCUUGACCGUGAUUGUCAUUGCCAGCGGGUCUAUCCCUAAAGGUUACGAUGAAGGUGGAUUUGCUGCCGUGGCAGACAUGCCGUCUUUCUUGCUAGACUAUGGCCUUUCACGAAGACAAUGGGGGGGCACGAGGGAAGAGCUCAUCUCUACCAAGGCCAACAUCACGUCGUUUGGCGUGUUGGGGGCGGCUUUCGGCGCCAUCGUUGCGUUAGCCAUUACGGACCGGAUUGGUCGUCUGCGCACAUGGCAGACCUUUAUGGCUAUUUGGAUGACUGGCUUUUUCAUUACUAUUUUUGCGUCUGGGAUACUGGGGCUUCUGCUGUUCUCACGGCUGUUGUCCGGCCUUGGUGCCGGCGGCUUGACGGUUGUAUCCCCUCUGUAUCUCACCGAAAUUGCCCGAAGCAAGAAUCGAGGCAUGGUCGUCUCCGUUUAUAUGGUGCUACUGCUAUCCUUUCUCAUGUUUGGCUUCUUCAUCAGCUAUGGGGCCAGAAGGUCCCUACCUCCCACCAGGGAACAAUACCGCGUCGUCUUGGGUGUGCCUUUGAUUCCGGGAGGCGUUGCUUUGAUAUUUUCGUGUUUUAUCAAGGAUACCCCCCGCUGGCUUGCGUCCAAGGGUCGCAACGAAGAGGCCUUGUGGGUGUUGUCUAGGUUGCGAAAGGCCCCGAUUGACGAUGCAGCCGUCAGAGAGGAGUACGCGCAGAUCAUUGAGCAGGUGCGAGAUGCGAAGCAAAGACUGUCUGACACGUCAACUUGGACAAUUGUCAAGGAAGUUGCCACCAUCUCCAGCUAUCGUAACCGAUUUCUCCUGGGUCUUGCCAUGCAAACAAUUGCUCAGUGGACUGGUGGCAAUGGUAUAACAUACUACAUCCCCAUGAUCUUCCGAAUUGCUGGCGUCCGCGGAGAAAAUCUAUCUCUGGUUACCUCGGGCGCAUAUGGUGCGCUCAAGCUUGUCUUUACCAUGAUAUUUACGUGGGGCCUCAUUGACAUCCUUGGUCGGCGAGUCUGUUUUAUGAGCGGCCUUGCUAUCCAGGGCGUUACACACGUCUACAUGGCCGUAUACACGGGCAUUUGGCUGCAUGCUCAUAACAAGGCUGCAUCCGAUGCUGCCAUUGCUUCCGUUUUCAUAUAUGCCGUCGGGUGGUCCAUUGGGCUCUGCACCAUCCAGUAUCUGUAUGGCACAGAGAUCCUGCCCACGCGUAUCAGAAGCGUGUGCUACGCAACAAAUAUGACGGUCCACUGGUUUUUCCAAUUCGCAGUGGUGCGUUCGACGCCGCCCAUGCUUGACAAGCUGGAUAUUUGGGGCGCGUAUGUGUUCUGGGCAUGCAUCUGCUUCACCGGACUGGUGCUGCUUGGCCUCUGGGCUCCAGAGACCAAGGGCGUCCCGAUGGAGAGGAUGGAUGAGCUUUUUGCGGGGCCGUGGUACAUGGGAUGGAAGGCCAAGUUGGGCCCACAGCGCGAUGCAGAAGACGAAAUACUUGGGAGACGGACGUCGCAAGACCUGGACAGCAGCGUUGAAGCUGUGCAAGUGAGUGGGCAGAGGUUUGUGACAAAGCAUCCUUGA